AUGAAGCGGCUCUUCGCGGUACUAUUAGCUGGACUCGUCAGCUCCUGUGUCUCUAGUCCCAUCAACGAUGUCGAGGCCAGAGGAACGUCGUUGAUUCCAAGCGCUGCUCCUACCCCUACUCCUACGCCCCAACCAUCGGAUGGCUGGCGAGUCGACAAGAACAAGCAGUCCAGAAAUGUUCAUAAUUUCUUCAAAGCAUAUGGUUGGUUAAAGAAGGAUGACGCUAUACCGAAUACGAAGCUGCCAGCUGCAAUACGUAAGAUUCAAAAGGUUCUGAAGGUGCCGCAGACGGGCAUAUAUGACGAGCACAUGGAGACAGUCAUGAGUAAGCCACGAUGUGGAACGAUCCCCCAGUAUGAUCCGUCCGAGUCACUAGACAACAGCACUUUACACAGUCGCUUUGUCUUGUGGGGGCCCAAAUGGGAUCACACUUCGCUCACCUACCGUUUCGUCAACUAUACAGCUGACCUGCCUGCUGCGCAGCAACGCUCGCUUGUCAGUGCCGCCUUUGCCCGAUGGACGCAGAUAGCUCCUAUAACUGUUACAGAAGCUCCGUCAAACGCACCAAGAGCUGAUAUACACAUUCGCUUUAUGUCGAUGGGCCCCACAGAAGACGUGUACGCAUUCACAAAUAUGAUCGCGGAUGGGCUGGCGUUGUCAUCUGGUUUGAUCAAUAUAACGUUUAACGAUGACUUUCAGUGGAACGAUGACCGCUUGUUCAAUUAUACAGCCGUACACGAGAUCGGACACGCUCUCGGCCUGAGCCAUAGUAAAGUAGAAGAAGCGAUCAUGUUCCCUUUCUUCGAAGGCGACAUUCGACCGAUACAUCCCGACGAUCAAGCCGGCGUCCACAGCAUAUACGGCUGGAAGAACCCAACAUGGAGCAGAAUCGAUAGCAACGUGGCCAGCAAAGGCGUCAUCCAAAUCUCCUCCGCCUCAAGCACCUCCGGCAUAAUCGACGGCCUCUACCAGCUGCGCUCCACCGGCCAAAUUCUCUGGUACAAUUCCAGCGGAACCUGGACAUCAGUCGACAACAACCGCGACACGAUACAAAUUGCCGGCGCAAACAACUUCCUCUACCAACGCCACACGGACGGCACGAUCUGGAAGCUCACCGCCGGCAGCUCCACAUGGCGGCAGAUCAACCCGGCCUCUACAAACGUCAUCGAGAUCUACGCGGCAGCCGACCAGCUCUAUAUGCGCCGCAAAGAUGGCUGGGUUGCAAGGUACUCAGGAUCGGGCCAGACAUGGAGUACAAUUCAGCAGCCUUCCACCCCUUCGUCGAUGCAACUUGCGGCGAGCGACUCUCGCACUCUCUGGAACCUCCUCGCGAACGGCGACCUUGUGCGCUCAGAGUACCCCUAUACCGCCGACGGGUGGCAAGUCGUCGACCAGAACCCAUCCAAUGUCGCUAUCGCUAUUGGUGGAGAGGAAUUCUACAAGCUGCAGAGCGAUGGGAGUAUCGUGUGGCUUGACUCGAAGGAAUGGUACUGGAAAAUCAUUGAGGAUAAGGGUAGUAAGAGCGUGUACGCGGUGGGGAGUUAUGUGUAUAGCAGGCAUGGGGAUGGGAGUGUGUGGCGGUACACGGGGACAGAGGGGGUGUGGGAGAUGUUGGAUAGCAGAGCUGACUCGUCGAUGGUUGUGGGAGAUCGGAAGGGGAGUGUUUGGGAGAUGGUUAGUGGUGGGGAUAUUUAUAAGCUUGUUUCGUAG